AACUUGUACUAUCCGUUUGCAUCCAAGCGGGAUUGGGAGGUUGCACGGUGGGCGAAGUUGCGUGGUCCCGGAUCGACUGCUUUCGAUGAAUUACUGGCUAUCGAAGAGGUUGCCGAACGCCUGGCUUUGUCUUUCAACACCUCACGCAAGCUCAACCAGAUGGUAGACGAACAACUCCCCCCUGCGCGACCGCGGUUCGAAAGACAUGAGAUCGUUGUCGCAGGGGAAUCAUUUGAGGUCUAUAUACGCGAUAUCCUAGCGUGUAUCGAAUCCCUCUUUUCGGAUCCGGAGUUUGCUCCGCUCCUUCUUCUAGUACCCGAGCGCCACUACACAGAUGCGGACCAAACAGUCCGUGUCUACUUCAACAUGAAUACAGGAAAAUGGUGGUGGUCAACGCAGAAGCAGCUCGAACGAGACCGACCAGGGGCCACGGUUAUACCCGUAAUCAUCUCCUCUGACAAGACUCAGCUAACGACAUUCGGAAACAAGACAGCAUACCCCGUUUAUAUGACAAUCGGGAACCUACCGAAGGACGUCCGCAGCAAGCCUUCGCGCAGAGGCCAGAUCCUGCUCGCCUAUCUCCCUACCUCCCGUUUGCUUCACAUCAAGAACAAGGCCGCGCGCCGUCGAACCCUGGCCAACCUGUUCCAUACCUGCAUGUCCCGAGUCCUGGCUCCUCUAACCUCUGCAGGGGUGAAGGGGAUGGAGCUUGUGAGCGGAGAUGGUCUCGUGCGUCGCGGGCAUCCACUUCUCGCCACCUAUGUCGGGGACUAUCCCGAACAGGUACUGGUCACCGGAUGCAAGACCGGCGAGUGUCCCAAGUGCACAAUCUCACGUCGUGACGUCGGGGCGUCGUCCGAGCCCUCACAACCUCUCCGCGACCUCGGAAAGGUCCUCGAUGCUCUCGCUGCUUUUGAUGAAGGGCCACGUGCAUUUGCUAGCGCAUGCCGCGAGGCAGGAAUCAAGCCUCUCCAUCAUCCCUUCUGGCAAGACCUUCCAUAUACCAACAUUUUCCUUUCAAUCACCCCCGACAUCCUCCAUCAGCUUCACCAAGGCGUCAUCAAGCAUCUUCUAGCCUGGAUUCAGGAGGCGUACGGUGUCGAGGAGAUUGACGCUCGGUGCCGCCGCAUGCCCCUCAACAAUAGCGUGCGGCACUUUUCGAGCGGCAUCUCGCAUAUGUCCCGCAUCACUGGCAAAGAACACCAGGACAUCUCGCGCAUAUUGCUAGGGCUCAUCAUUGGACUUCCGCUCCCUGGAGGUCUCUCCCCAGUUCGUCUUGUCUGCGCAACACGUGCUCUUCUCGAUUUCCUCUACCUCGCACAGUACCCUACCCACACGACGGAAACUCUGGACCUUCUCGAGCAGCAUCUGCAGGCGUUUCAUGCCAACAAGUCUAUCUUUCUCUUCGGUACAACGGACAACUAUGAUACCCAACAUUCUGAGCGGCUGCAUAUUGACUUCACAAAACAGGCGUACCGCGCGACUAACAAGAAGGAUGAGCUUGCGCAAAUGACUCUCUGGCUCGAACGCAAGGAGAAAAUCUUGCGCCACGAGAAGUACAUCCAAUGGCGGUUGAAGCAGAUCCCUCUCGACCCAGCAUUCCCGAGCGCACCCGUACUGCCAUUCCAGCCCGAAAUCCCGCCACUCCUUCCCCCUGUUCAUCUCCACGAUCUCGACCCAAGCGCUCCACGAAACCGUAUCUACAUGUCAAAACACGCCUCCAUCAAGGGUGUCAGUAUCGAGGACAUCAAGACAUUGUACGGCGCGACCUAUUUUCGCGACGCGCUGGCCCGUUACGUCGUCAAAUUCAAUAAUCCGGACUUUUCAUUUCAGCAGGUUGAGUAUGAGUCCUCACGUAUCUUCUUCAGAUUUCGAACGCUCCCAGUGUAUCACAAGAUCAAGUUUUGGAUUGCAGACCCGGAUGGCUUAGACAUUCCUGGAGCCGAGAUCCGCGAUGUGGUGCAUGCGCGCGCAGCUCGUGUCACCAGGCGCGGUGCAUCUGUUCCUGGCCGUUUUGACACCGCUCUAGUCCGUAUACGUGCACCAGAUCAGGAUACAGCUGAGCAGGCUCAAGAUGGACUGGCUAACUGUUUCAGCGUUGUGCGUGUGCGCAUCAUUUUCAAGAUUCCGGAGCGUGGCUUAGCGGAUCUCUUUCCGCACGUCGCGCCUGAGAGUCGCCCGCAGCAUUUGGCAUAUGUCGAGCUGUUCACUGAAUUAGAUAUCAAGGGGGCUGAUCACGGCUUCUACACGAUAUCCCCUGCAUCCAAUGCUGAGGGCGAACGCCUCGCAAUGAUCAUACCUAUCGAAGACUUCGAGCGUAGUUGCCAGCUUAUACCACACUUCGGACCUGUAGCCCCCCGCGAGUGGACGUGUUAUGAUGUGCUAGAUAGGUCGACUACAUUGUACCUCAACUCAUUUGCGGACAGGAAUACAUACAAGCUUGUA